AUGGAGGCGCUGUCCGAGGUCUUCGGGCGGCUGCGGUAUCGCGACACGUCACUCCUCAUCUGGCAGCAGCAGCAGCUGGAAGCAGCACCGCCCUCCACCUACCUGAGCCGCAGCCAAUCAGCCUGGUACAGUAACUAUGGCAACCAGGCAGUUCUGGUCCGAGACAGGAGGGGUGCGGACGAGGGGCGGUCCCGGAUCUGCAGCAUCAUGUGACGCUAACGAGAGCAGUUCAGUUUGGUCGCUAACCAACAGUUUUUUAAUUUAGAGAACUGUCCAAUCAGAGAGAAGCAUUAAGAUCCACGCCCCGCCCCUCCCCUCUCUCUCACCCACAGACUGCAGACAGGAAAAAACGAACAGUAUUGUCAGCUUGGCAAGCUCCAGCAUCAGCUCUGAUGACCAGUUUAAUGGACUUCCUGCCCUACAGGGGGCGUCCCGUGUCAGUAUCCCGAACCCUAGCGUCCUCCAUUUUGAUUUGGGGAAUGAAGCCAGCAGCACCGCACUGAAACCAUCACCUUCAUCCAGCAUGCCACCAAAAGACAUUGUCCUGUUUGAAACCCUUAAGUGACCAAUCAGCACGCAGUAACAGCACACUGGUGCUUUCUGGGUAAAAUCAUUGUCACUGAGAGAAACUGAAGGUAACGAGUCUUCAGACGUGUUGAUUUAUGGAAACGACGAAUAAAAUGUUUUCUUGUUUCA